AUGACUACAGAAUCUACCAACGACUGGGAAAACCCCAAGAUCUUCCAGCGCAAUCGCCUAAAGCCCCGCGCGUACUGGAUCCCUGAUACAUCGCUAUCACUGAAUGGGAACUGGGACUUCAAUUACGUUUCCUCGCCGCUCCUCGCCCCUCCACCAUCAGACUCAGACGAGCAGAAAGAUAUCGCAGAAGACGCCGUGGAAUGGAAGCCCAUAGCUGUUCCCGGACACUGGCAGCUGCAGGGCUACGGCCGCCCCAACUAUACGAAUGUCAUUUUCCCAUUCCCCGUCAAUCCCCCAUAUGUACCGAGUGAGAACCCGACUGGGACAUACAAGCGAACAUUCCGUGUUCCGUCGGAAUGGGAUGAAUCCUCACAGAUCCGCCUGCGCUUUGACGGCGUGGACAGUGCUUACCAUGUCUGGGUGAACGGCGUUGAGGUUGGUUAUGCCCAGGGUAGUCGUAAUCCGGCUGAGUUUGAUAUCUCUGCUAUUGUGAAGAGGGGCAAGGUGAAUGAGGUCUUUGUCCGAGUUUACCAGUGGUCGGAUGGGUCUUAUAUUGAAGACCAGGAUCAGUGGUGGUUGUCUGCAGGAAUAUUCCGCGAUGUUACUGUGAUCGCAUUUCCUUCGGCCGCUCGGAUCGAGGACUUCCAUGUCAAACCAGUCCUUGACAAGGACUAUGUGGACGCACAGCUUGAAGUGUCUGUUGAUUUGGCCUCGACAGAGGAGAGCAAAGUCACUGCGACUCUCUUCGAUCCAUUCAACGGCCAUAAGAUCCUUAUUUCACAGGAUAAAACAGUCAAUUCUACCAAUGGAACACUCGACCUCGUUCUCCCCGUCAGCAAUCCCAAGAAAUGGACAGCAGAAACACCCUCCCUGUACGAUCUCGAAAUCACCCUCCACACAAGCACAAACCCAGCCCCAAUCCAGAAAAUAACCCACCGAGUCGGUUUCCGCCAGGUGGAACUCAUCAACGGCAAUAUAACAGUAAACGGCAAACCCAUCCUCUUCCGCGGCGUCAACCGCCACGACCACCACCCCGUCUACGGCCGCGCCGUGCCCCUCUCCUUCUUAAAGAACGACCUCCUGCUCAUGAAAAAGCACAACGUCAACUCCGUGCGCUGCUGUCACUACCCGUCCCACCCGGCACUGUUCUCCCUCUGCGACGAGCUGGGGCUGUGGGUAAUGGACGAAGCAGACCUCGAAUGCCACGGGUUCUACGACGCCGUGGCCAGACCGCUUGAUAUCCCCGAGAGCAUGGACUACGACCAGCGCAAGGAGCUGACAUUUGCGCAGGCGGCGGAGUUUACGUCGAACAAUCCAGAAUGGAAAGAGGCGUAUCUGGAUCGUGCGGAGCAGAUGGUGGCGAGGGAUAGGAACUAUCCUUCUGUUGUGAUUUGGUCGUUGGGUAAUGAGGCGUUUUAUGGACAGAACCAUGCGGCUAUGUAUGAGUAUAUUAAGAGCGUGGAUCCGACGAGACCGGUGCAUUAUGAGGGUGAUAUGGAGGCCAAAACGGCGGAUAUGUAUUCGUAUAUGUAUCCGAGUGUGGCGCGGAUCGAGAGGUUGGCGGUGGAGGAAGGGGAUAACUUCACAAAGCCGAUUGUGCUCUGUGAGUACGGGCAUGCUAUGGGGAAUGCGCCUGGGGCGUUGGAGGAGUAUAUGGCGGCUUUUAGAGGCAAUCGGCGACUACAGGGAGGGUGGAUCUGGGAGUGGGCCAACCAUGGGCUCUGGGAUGAAGAAAAGGGCCAUUAUGGGUAUGGUGGGGACUUUGGGGAUGAGCCUAAUGACGGCAGCUUUGUCCUUGAUGGCUUGCUGUUCAGUGAUCAUACGCCUACGCCUGGCUUCGUGGAGCUGAGGAAGGCGUAUGCUCCUGUGUAUGGCUGGGUCGAGGGGGGUCUGCUUCAUUUUGAGAACAGACAUGACUUUGUUGGGUUGGAGGAGCUACAAGCAGCUUAUAAGAUCGAGUCUCUGGGCGAACAGUCGAGGGUCAUCGCCGCCGGCACUCUGGACGUACCGGAUAUCCAACCUGGCAAUAGAGGGACAGUUCCUCUGCCUUCUAUACCUUCAUCUAAGGUAGCCGGGUCUGAGUUAUGGCUGACAGUCACUUUCACCACAAAGCACGCCUCAGCCUGGACCGACGCCAACUAUGAAAUCGCCUGGUUCCAGCACCGUCUUGACUCGUCCUCUUUGACCUGGGUAUCUCCCACAGCCAACUUCCCACUAACCCUCACCUCAACAAAGGCCCAGCACAUCAUAACCGGAGCAGACUUCACCAUCUCAUUCUCUCGCACCACCGGCUCUCUCACAAACUGGAGCAUCCACAAGCAAGACAUCCUCUCGCCCGCUCAUCCCGCCAUAACCCCUGGCUUCUGGCGCCCUCCAACAGACAACGACAUCCCCCACGACCUAGGCGAAUGGCGACGCUACGGACUCGAUACUCUAACAUCGACUCUCCGCAAUCUCACAGUCAAAGAAAUCAAUGAUUCUACAAUCGAAAUCGCCACAGAUACGUUCAUCUCCCCGCCGAUUCUAGCCUGGGGGUUCCAGACAACUACAACCUACCGCGUCACCGGCGACGGGGCAUUAACUGUACACAGCCAUAUCAAACCCACUGGUUCAAAGCCAAAAGACAUCCCUAGGAUUGGAUACGAUCUGUAUCUCGCGGAUAGACUGGACAAGACAGCUUGGUUUGGUCUUGGGCCUGGAGAGGCGUAUCCCGAUAAGAAGAAUUCUCAGAAGAUUGGUAUCUACUCUGCCACUACAUCUGAGCUGCAUACCCCAUACGAGGUCCCUCAGGAAGGUGGCAAUAGGAUGGAGACGCGGUGGCUGAGACUGGGUGAUGGGCGCGGAUGGGGUGUUCGCGUUACUCGGGAUACGGCAGGCUCUAGCUCUAAUUCUCCGUCAGAUGAACUCUUUCAGUGGCUUGCCACCAGGUACAGUCCUGAGGCUAUUGAAAAGGCUGCUCACGCGAACGAGCUGGUUCCUGAAUCGCAGGUUAGGGUGAGGCUUGAUGUUGCGACUUGUGGUGUGGGCACUGGUGCGUGCGGACCUACGACGCUCGAGAAGUAUAGGAUUCCUUGUGAAGAGAGGGAGUUUGGGUUUAGGAUUGAACCUUUCAUUGGAGAUUGGGCUUAA